AUGCUUGUCCACAGCAUGGAUAACAGCAGCGCUCCUUUUGUUCUCCCGACCUUAUUGCUCCUGCUGCAGAACAAGAGCUACCCCGAAACCUCCACCCCUCCUGCUGGCCACGGGGUGACCGAGUCACCCAUAGGACCCCCCUCAAGCAGGAACCACACUGUCUUGCAGUAUCAGCUGAGGCUGGGGGAAACUGCGGCAGCCAGCAUGGUUUUGGGAGCGUUGUGGCUGGUCUCCGUCCUUGGAAACUCCCUCGUCUGCUUAGCGAUCCACAGGAGCAGGAGGACGCAAUCCACCACCGACUAUUUUGUCGUCUCCCUGGCUUGCGCAGACCUUCUCAUCAGUGUCGCAAGCGUGCCCUUCGUGCUGCUUCAGUUUACCUAUGGCAGGUGGGUGCUGGGGAACGCGAUGUGCAAGCUGGUAAGGUACGUGCAGUACCUCACCCCUGGCGUCCAGAUAUACGUGCUCCUCUCGAUAUGCGUGGAUCGAUUCUACACUAUCCUCUACCCCCUGAGCUUCAAAGUGUCCAGGGAGAAAGCCAAGAAGAUGAUCCUGGCCUCCUGGCUGUUUGACGCUGUAUUGGCAUCACCGGCUUUCUCUUUCUACGGCUCCAACAGCGACCACCACUGCAACUUCUUCCUCCCCGCUUCUUGGGAAGGAGCCCUCUACGGUGCCACCCACCUCUUGGUGGUGUUUCUGAUCCCUUCCACCCUCAUCAUCCUCUUCUACCAGAAGGUCGUCAGGUACAUUUGGAGAAUAGGCACCGACGGCAGGACUGUCAGGAGGACAAUGAAUAUUGUCCCAAGAACAAAAGUGAAAACCAUCAAGAUGCUCUUAACGCUCAACUCGGUCUUCCUCCUGUCCUGGCUCCCUUUCUACGUGGUACAGCUGUGGCACCCGCAGGAAACAGACUACAGACAGAGCACCUUGCUCUUCCUGGCCGUCACCUGGGUUUCUUUCAGCUCUUCAGCCUCCAAGCCAACCCUCUACUCCGUGUAUAAUGCCAACUUCAGAAGAGGGAUGAAAGAAAUUUGUUGCAUGUCUGCCAUGAAACGCUACAGAAGCAACGCAUACACCAUCACCACCAGUUCCAGGAUAGCCAAAAAAAAUCACGUUGGGAUCGCAGAUAUCUCAGCUCCGGCCAAAGCUGCCACCAAAGAUUCCAUCUAUGAUGCUUUUAACAGAGAAGAACAAGGAAAAAAUCUUCCCGGGCCUGUUGAGCCCCAUCCCCCAGAUAAUCCCGUCUAG